AUGACAUCGGAGGAAAAGUUCGCCGUGCUGGCCAAGAUCCAGACAUUUGCCGACGUUUGGGGUCCGGUCUGGUCCGUCCCUGCGCAGGACGGAAAGCCAACGCACAUGUCUCAGCAUCUCCUGUCCAAGGGUGUUAUUCGUGCGCCGUAUGGGCAGCAAAACCCGCAGAUUGCCGGUCGAAUGGCCGUACUAUGUCACUGGGACCGCUACCGGAGUCCCGUGCAACAAAAACACGAUGCCAGACUGUAUACAUAUAUGGACAUGGACGCCUGGUUGCUUAUUCAAGGAAACCUACGUAACAACGACGAAUGCCGCUACACACUUGACCAUUAUGAGAGCCAUGUUUUUUUCGACGCAGGCUUCCUGGGAACUGUUUCCGAGACUUGGAACCUUGAUACCCGGACGUAUGGAAUGACUGCCGGGCAGUGGCUCAACCUUGUCGUGUCUGGAACACACAAGCGCAUACCAGGGAUACCGCUCAAAGACCACAUUCUGAACAAAUUCAAGUUUAACCCCCAAAAUGCCAAUAUCGAAUGGUUGAACAACUUUGUCGGCGCAGAAAUCAGCCACUGCACGGGAAACGCCCGUCGCGUCAGAAUGAGAGACAUUCUCAAACUACGUUCCGUCCAAGGUCGCCUACUGCGCUACGACCCCCUGUGGGAGGCUACUGACUGGGGAAGACGAUUCUAUGAGGCCCUCAGAGACGACGAGGUUCGUGUGCUGACGGAUUUGUGGGAUCAAAACGUGGAAAUGCGGAGGAAUAUAGCAAAUCUCAUUUGUCAGAUUCUUGAGCUUCUACACACCACUGGGACCCAAGGAGAGCACCUCAUCGUUGCUUACUUUAGCAAGAAUGUCGACAGGCAGAUAGAGCUGAACGUCCGCGGCAACGAUUGGGCGAGGCUCUUCGAGGACAGCGAAAAGUCAGCGACAUUCGCGGUCGUUGGCGACACCUGCAUGACGUAUCAGGGGACCGCCCGGGAAACCGUUGCUCGAUGCUUGUGCGGUCGGGACGGCCUGGGCCUAUACACCACGGUCCUACAAACGAGAGUCCUGUUUCCAGAUGGCUUCCCGUGUUCAAACGACAUCGUCUCCAUCAAGCCACACAAAGGAAAUUACCGCAUCUUACAUGUUGAGACGAAUCGCGCAAAACAAGUCAUGCUGGAGCCCGCGGACGCGAACAUAUCUAGGCGGAAACCCGUUCACGGGUGGGAAGUCAUGGAUGGAGAUCCUCGGCGGCCUCGAGAACAGCACGAAAUGCGAGCCAUCAUCAAAGCCUCUACUGUAACCCACGCUGGCAUGAACAGGGAAAGGCAGGCGCCACUUGUCGCACCCGCCGAGGCGCAUCACCACCGGAGCAAUGGAUUACAAGGUGCUCCUGCAGCAAACCAGCGCAGAAAGCAAAGGAGGCAACGAAAGAGCCCUCGAACACAAACGCCCAAUCAAUGCUGUUAUAUUCUCUAG